ACUGUCGACUCCUCCACCGCGACCACCUCCUCCUGAGUCCUAUACCCUCUCACCACAGUCCUACCUCACUCGCCGCCACACCCGCCGCUGCCGACCCACGCAGACAUCGACCGAUCCACCGAUGAAGGUCUACGCGCUGUCCGUGGUCCGCGCGCCGCCCAGCACGACGAGCACGACGCUCAGCACGGCGACGGACCUCUCGUCCUUCUCGUUCUACCAGCGCCCGAGCGUCGGCGAGUUCAUGCAGUUCUUCACGAAGACCAUCGCGGAGCGCACGCCGCAGGGCCAGCGCCAGAGCGUCCAGGAGAACCAGUACACCGCGCACGUGUGGAACCGCGGCGGCGCGGAGCAGCUCGCGGGUGUGAUCAUUACGGACCAGGAGUACCCCGUCCGCCCCGCGUUCUCGCUCCUCACGAAGCUGCUCGACGACUUCAUCGCGAAGGUCCCCGUCGCCGCGUACGACGCGCCCGCGGCGAUCGCCUUCCCGGAGAUCAACGCGUACCUCCAGAAGUACCAGGACCCCCGCCAGGCGGACGCGAUCAUGAAGGUCCAGCAGGAGCUCGAUGAGACGAAGAUCAUCUUGCACAAGACGAUCGAGAGCGUGCUCGAGCGCGGGGAGAAGAUCAACGACCUCGUCGACCGCUCGAACGCGCUCUCCGCGCAGAGCAAGGCGUUCUACAAGACCGCGAAGAAGCAAAACUCGUGUUGCGUGGUCAUGUGAGCGCGGUGCUCUGAAGCGGGCGCGCACUCGGGCCCGGCAGUGCUGUGGACAGAUGGGAUGUGGCUGGACACGGACGACCGUGGGCGUGGGUCGAGCGUUUCGCGCGUAUGCGUGGACGUCCGUACUGCGAUGCUUCUCUCGCGUGCGCUAGCUCGGUGGUACGGCGGUGAACGUUGGUUGCGGGGACGCUGACGCACGCGACGCCGCGGUCUAGAUACACACGUAGCUCGCAUUGUAUUUGUACGACUAGGUUUCAAUGCGCUGACUCUUUCGGAUUGCUAA